AUGAUGCUGGUCUGCUACUACACCAGCUGGUCCCAGUACCAGGAGGGCUCCACGAGCUGCUUCCCAGACGCCAUAGACCCCUUCCUCUGCACCCACGUCAUCUACAGCUUCGCCAACAUCAGCAACGACGAGAUCGACACCUGGGAGUGGAACGAUGUGACGCUGUACGACACGCUGAACACACUCAAGACCAGGAACCCCAACCUGAAGACCCUCUUGUCCGUGGGAGGAUGGAGCUUUGGUUCUCAAAGAUUUUCCAAAAUAGCCUCCUACACCCAGAGUCGCAGGACUUUCAUCAAGUCGGUGCCACCGUUCCUUCGGACCCACGGCUUCGACGGGCUGGACCUGGCCUGGCUCUACCCUGGACGAAGGGACAAGCGGCAUCUCACCUCUCUGGUCAAGGAAAGGAAGGCCGAGUUUGUCAAGGAAGCCCCUGAAGAAACCCAGCCUCUGCUCCUGAGCGCCGCGGUGUCCGACGGGAAGGUGGCCCUGGACAGAGGCUACGACAUCUCCCAGCUGGCCCAGUGA